UAACUUGACGGUCGUCCCGGAGAGGAGGUCCCGGGAGUUAGAGGAACUUCCCAGCUGUUGCGUUGGCAGUCGGACCGUGAAGAUGCUUCCCAGAGCGCUCGCGGUGUUAAUCACUGUAUUCAGCCUCACGGAGAGCAAACAGAAAGACUUGUAUACUUUUAAAGUAGUGAACAGCAGGGGGAAGUUAGUGUCCCUGGAAAAAUACCGGGGUUCGGUGUCCCUGGUGGUGAACGUAGCCAGUGAAUGUGGCUUCACCGAGGACCACUACAAAGACCUGCAGCAGCUCCAGAGGAACUUCGGGCCGUACCACUUCAACGUGCUGGCCUUCCCCUGCAACCAGUUUGGGCAGCAGGAGCCCGGCAGCGACAAGGAGAUCGACAGCUUUGUGCGCAGAGUCUACGGCGUCUCCUUCCCUCUGUUCAGUAAAAUCGCCGUCGUCGGAACCGGAGUCAACAACGUCUACAAGUACCUUGUUGAGUCUUCUGGAAAGGAGCCUGACUGGAAUUUCUGGAAGUAUCUCAUCGACGUAAACGGCAAAGUGGUGGAUGCAUGGGGCCCGAAGGUUUCUGUCAAAGAAAUCCAACCCAAAAUAGCUGACAUGGUGCGGCAGAUCAUCCUAAAGAAGAAAGAAGAGCUUUAACCCCCGUUAAAAAGACCCCUUAGUGUUAGGGUUAGAUUUAAAGUCACUGCUACGUAACCCAAUGAAGAGAUCAACUGAAUCCAUUUAUUGUGUUUGGACAAUCAGACUUUGUUAGAAUAAACCAUUAAAUCCACGUCUCAUAGCGAAAGCAAGUGUCUCUCUGAAAGCACUGAUGACACACCACUAGCUUUUUAAAUUCAAUGUUAAGUUUAUUAUCAGGUGGAUGAGAUUUGAAACCUUUAAGCCAAAGAGCUCCGGUCUUCCGUCAUGUGAUUGUUUUUUUAUUCAUUGUGAUUUGUGGAAUAAACCUUUACUGUGAUGAGAGUGA